UUCCGCUGUACGUAGCCUGCGCGGUGUUGUUGUCGCGUUUUGGGAAGAUCUGUGUUUAUAGAGCUGAAUUGAGGCGCAGCGCUGCAGGAUACUGACUGAUUAAUCAUGGCGUCUGACUCCCCACGCAGACCAAGCCGCUGUGCUGGAGGGGUCGUAGUUCGAGCUCAGGCUGCAACGGAACAGUCUUACAUGGAAAGUGUUGUGACAUUUCUGCAAGAUGUGGUUCCUCAGGCAUAUACAGGUGCACCUCCAACAGAUGAGAAGGAAAAGAUCAUAUGGGUUCGGUUUGAAAAGGCAGACAUCAACGAUGUGGCGCGCUCCCCAGAGUUCCUGGAGAUGCACGGCAGUGGUGUUGACCCACCUCUGUGUCUGAUGAUUGGCUACACAGAUGGAAUGCAGAUUUGGAGCAUAUCGUUGAGUGGAGAAGCUCAGGAGCUGUUCUCAGUGAGACACGGUCCUGUAAGAGCUGCUCGGAUCCUCCCAGCACCUCAUAUCUGUCCCCUGAAGACAGACAGCUUUGCAGAGAAGAGACCCCUCCUUGGUGUGUGCAAGAGCUCGGGCUCCUCAGGGACGAGUCCCCCAUAUUGCUGUGUGGACCUGUAUUCUCUAAGGACUGGAGAGAUGGUCAAGUCAAUUCAGUUUAAAACACCCAUUUAUGACCUGCACUGCAACAAAAGGAUUCUUGUGGUCAGUCUUCAGGAGAAGAUAGCUGCGUUCGAUAGCUGCACUUUCACGAAAAAGUUCUUUGUCACAAGCUGCUACCCGUGUCCUGGUCCUAACUUUAACCCUGUAGCUCUCGGGGGUCGAUGGUUGGCCUACGCAGAGAAUAAGCUGAUCCGGUGUCAUCAGUCCCGUGGUGGUGCAUGUGGAGAUAAUGCCCAGUCCUACACUGCCACCGUCAUCAGUGCUGCCAAAACGCUGAAGACUGGAUUAACUAUGGUGGGGAAGGUGGUGACGCACCUCGCGGGUACUUUACCCUCCGGAGUGCCCGACGAGGAGAGCACUGCCCACAGCACCACUCGCCGCAGCCCUCACCAACCCGGCGUCAUCACCAUCAUAGACACACACACAGUCGGAGAAGGACAGGUACUUGUGAGUGAAGACUCUGAUGGGGAAGGUGUGGUCGCUCAUUUUCCAGCUCAUGAUAAACCGAUAUCCUGCAUGGCGUUUAACCCCAGUGGUAUGUUGUUGGUGACCGCUGAUGCUCUAGGACACGAUUUCCAUGUAUUUCAAGUCCUGACUCACCCGUGGGCCUCUUCCCAGAGUGCAGUUCAUCACCUGUACACCCUGCACAGAGGAGAAACUGAGGCUAAGGUGCAGGACAUCUGCUUCAGUCAGGACUGCCGCUGGGUGGUGGUCAGCACCCUGCGCGGUACCUCACACGUUUUCCCCAUCAACCCGUACGGUGGCGCCCCGUGCGCCCGCACUCAUCUGUCUCCCCGCGUGGUUAACCGCGUGAGCCGCUUCCAGAAGAGCGCCGGCCUGGAGGAGAUCGAGCAGGAGCUCAGCAGCAAGCAGGGUGGCCGCUGUAGCCCCAUCCCCGGGCUCUCCAGCAGCCCCUCCGGCUCUCCUUUACACGCUAAACUGACCAAUCAAGAGUCGUACAAUAAUUUCACCAACAACAACAUGGGGAAUCCGCGUCUCUCUCCUCUGCCCAGCCUGACCGUGGUUCUGCCGCUGGCUCAGAUCAAGCAGCCCAUGACCCUGGGCACCAUCACCAAACGCACAGGACCCUACCUCUUUGGGGCAGGAUGUUUUUCCAUUAAAACUCCAUGUAAAGCCAAGCCUCCUCCUCAGAUCUCUCCCAGUAAGUCGAGUGGGGGGGAGUUCUGUGUAGCGGCGGUCUUCGCCUCGUCUCGCUCCUGGUUCAUCACCAACCCCAACAUGAAGAGAGAGAAAGAUCAGUCUCGUCAGGCCGUUGUUGACUCUCUCUACAUCGUGAGCUGUUAUGGUAAUCUGGUGGAACAUGUGCUGGAGCCUCGGCCAAUAAGCACAGCGCAGAAGAUCGGGGACGACACGCCGUUGGAGCUGAACACGUCUCCGAGAGCAUGCUGGAAUUUAGCCAGAACGCCACAGUGGAACGAGCUGCAGCCUCCUUUUAACAGCAGCCACCCCUUGGUUCUGGCGUCAGACUUGGUGCAGUACUAUCAAUACCUCCUGGCUGGCUUGAUGCCUCCAGGAAGCCCUGGGCCAAUCACCAGACACGAAUCCUACGACAGCCUAUCCUCCGACCACAGUGGCCAGGAGGACGAGGAGUGGCUCUCUCAGGUGGAGAUCGUGACCCACACUGGUCCUCACAGACGGCUGUGGAUGGGCCCACAGUUCCAGUUUAAGACCAUCCACCCCUCAGGCCAGACCACGGUCAUCUCCUCCAGUUCAUCUGUGCUGCAGUCUCAGGGUCCCAGUGAUACCCAGCAGCCCCUGCUGGACUUCGACACGGACGACCUGGACCUGCACAGCCUCAGGAUCCAGCCGGUGCGCUCUGAGCCGGUGAGCAUGCCCGGUUCCUCUCGGCUGGUGGCCGAACGCAGAGGCCAGGCUACAGUUAUUGAUACCGGCUCAGGCACGUUCGACCGCAGCGUGACCCUGCUGGAGGUGUGCGGCAGCUGGCCAGAGAGCUUCGGUCUGCGCCACAUGUCCUCUGUGGACACAACGGAGGAGGGCCUGAGGGAGAGACUGGCUGAAGCCAUGUCCGAAUCACCCAGCAGAGACAUCGUGGGCUCCGGAACAGCAGAGCUGCAGAGGGAGGGGAGUAUAGAGACGCUGAGUAACAGCUCCGGCUCCACCAGCGGCAGCAUUCCUCGCAACUUCGAAGGCUACCGGUCUCCUCUUCCCACCAACGAGAGCCAGCCGCUCAGCCUGUACCCCACCGCCUUCCCCUGAACACUGUCCCUCAACACAACCAGCCCUGUAGUGAUAAAGAGUGAAAAUCCUUCCAAAUCCAGCGUGAAAAAAGACGAGAGUGAUCUGCAGGUGUUCACUAUUAAAAAGGAGUGACUGGAUUCAGAUCUGUUUACCCAAUAUAAAUGUGAUUAUUGUGAUUUAAAGAGAGAGAGAAAGAGUUUAGAAGUGAAAGAUCGAAUUUAAAAAGCUGUCAGACCUGUAAUUUUUCACUUUCUCUCUCUUUUUAUUGUUUGAACAUGUUUAAUAUUAGUUUAUUGUUAUCAUUUCUUUCAAACUAAAUCUUCAAAAUCUUCAAAAUCUUUAAAUUCUACACGUUCUUCAGUCUUCAUGUUGAUGUCUCUAUAUGUGUGUUGGGUACCACUUUAAAAGCAGACUUUAUGACUACCUUUAUAAAGGGUUUAUGAAUGGUUUAUAAAGGAGUUUACUUUUUAGUUUAGUUAAGAAUUAGGUUGCAAAUACUUUAAAACCCUUUAUUAAGCAGUUAAUAAUCAUAUAACAUCACAUAGGGAAUAGAAAUAGAAAUCGCAACAGUUGAAAGGUGAAAAUUUGCUAAAUAUUAACUCCACACUCAUUUAUACUGAUUAAACCUGUCAUUAAUUUAUGUGUAAGUAUGGUUAACUACAGUAUUUACUAUAAAUUAAAUUACUUUGUUGAAUUAAAUGACUAAGCAAACAACAGAUCACUGUUUUUCAUCUUUUUUAAAUUGAUGUGUUAUUGAUAACUGCUUAUCAAUGUUUUUUAAAGCAUUUACAACAUAAUCAAUAAUUAAUAAACAAUUUAUAAACACUUUAUGAGGGUGGUCUUAUUUUAAAGUGGUACCGUGUGCUGUUUUACAUGUACAGUACUGUGCAAAAGUUUGAGGCACCUGUGGAACAUUUUAAGUAAAGAAUAAGUGUUUUAUCUGUGAAGUAAGUGUGAAGUUUGUUUAUUAGCUCAGUAAAACAUAUUAACGUAUAUUUACAAUAAAUACGAAAACUGCAAUUUUACAAAAAGCAAAAAAAAAGUUUAUUUUCUUAAAACAACAUCUCCUAAUACUAGUCUCUUUAAUAGAUUAUAAAGUUUAAUAGAGUUAUUAUUAUUAUUAUUUCUAGUUCUCAUCAUAUCACAUCAACACCUGGUUUGGUAAAUUACUGGUAAAUGUGGUAAAUCAGGUGAGCUGCUGAUGGAACUGAAUAUAAUAUAAUAAACACAUGCUGGCUGAGGAGCAUCCAGGAGAAAUCUGGACAAAUCUGGAACUACACUUUGUUCUUUGAGAUUAAUCGGCUCACAGGAAAUACGAUUCCACUUUACAAUAAGACUACCUUUAUAAAGGGUUUAUAAAUGGUUUAUAAAUUAGAUUAUUACUUAUUAUGGAUUAGGUUAUAAAUGCCUCAUAAACAAUUGAUAAGCAACAUAAAUGGUAAAGAGUUAAACAUACUUAGAAAUAUAUUAAUAUGACAGGUUUACUGCUAAUUGAUGGAAAAAACACAAAGUAAAAUCAGUAUCUAGAAAAAUCUAGAAAGUAUCUGAGGUUUGACAGUAUAAAUAAUAUAAUAAUAGAGUGUAGAAUCAUUAUUUUCAGCUCACUGUUGCCAUUUCUAUUUAUGUGUUGUUAUAUAUUAAUUAACUGCUUAUUAAUGGGGUUUAAAGUAUUUGCAACCUAAUUAAUAACCAUUAAUAAACUCAUUUAUAAACCCUUUAUAAAGGUAGUCUUAUUUUAAAGUGUUACCGAUAUAAAAAUUAGAAUUCCUUGUUACAUUUUACUGAAUUAAUGUUUAUUUGCAUCUGCUUUUUUUCCAGGUAAAAACACUCAUAUUGCUCAUAGAGAUAAAUGGAUGUAAGUAAAUUAGUGUCAUUUGCUUUGGGGCCUAAAACUUUUGCACAGUACUGUAGAUGCAUGUGCCAGUACGUACAUGGAGUUUAUAAUUGGAGUUUAUCAUACAGUAGCUUCAUGUAUGUGUUCGUUAUUCAACACGUUAUAUGUGUUUUUAUGUUUAGGUGUGAAUUCACGAGGUCAGUUCUUCCCAAAACCGUCUUACAGCAGUUUAAUCUGAAUUAAUCUGAAUUAUUUGCGUGCAGUUUCUGAAUCUGAAUUGUUUCCCAUGUAAAAUUAGGUUUAUUUCUAAUUCCUAGACAAAUCAGACAUAUAAGAUUAUUUCAAUCUGUUUAGUAGAAUUAUUGUUAUUGAUAUUCGAACCAGUCUUUGCUUAGAUUUUUGCUGUUAAUGACUACUUUUAAUGAUUAAAUCUACUUUCAGCCUCUUCUUAUGAUGCUUAGUAGUUAUUAGAUAUGUUUUAACUUUUAACUCAUUCUUAAUGUCUCAUUCUUUAAUUGCCUUUUUGUUGUGAUUAUCUUUUAAUUGAAUUUUAUUUUAUUUUUUUGCAGUGGCUUUGUUUAUAAAUUCAGUUUCCAGUUGUUUUUUUUCUGUGUGUACAGUGUACAGUGUGCACGAGCGCCUGUGUGAAAGGGGUGUAUGUAUGUUUUAACAUUUGCCUUUUAAGUCUUCUGCUAAAAAUGUAAAGUUAAAAGCUUCCUAGAAGAAAGGGACAUUGAUUUAGCUUUAUUUCCUCCUCCUCAUGUUUUACAAAGCGUUGCUGUCGCUUCAAAUCCUUGUAUCUCCAACCUUUUUCUAGUUUUAGAGGAUGUCAUCUUAAAAAAAUAAAAAUAAUUUAAAAAAACAUCUUAUUCAUUCCUCAAUUCAUCUUAAUUUUUAAGCACAACUUAAAUAACAACAGCCAGAUUCAUUAAGGUUGUCAGAAAUUAUGAGUAUCUUAAUCAUAUUAUCUAGUUCCAAGAAAUUCAGUCAUAUUAAAAACCAAUGAUUCUAGAUAGGAUAGGAAAGGCAUAAAGUUAUCCAAAAGCAAAAGCAGUGUGCAAGACUGGUGGAGUAGAACAUGAUGCCAAGAUGCAUGGAAACUGUAAUUAAAAAACAGGGUUAUUCCACCAAAUAUUGAUUUCUGAACUCUUAAAACUUAAAUAUGAACUUAUUUGAGGUCUGAAAGCUCUGCAUCUUAUUUUUGUUAUCUCAGACAUUUCUCAUUUUCUGUAAAUAAAUUCUCUAAAUGACAAUAUUUUUAUUUGGAAUUUGGAAUAAAUGUUGUCUGUAGUUUAUAGAAUAAACAUUUUACUAGUUUAAAGGAUGUCAGCAUAAAAAUACUUCUAUUUUCAUUUGUUUAUUCAUCAAUUCAUUUUGAUUUUUUGUGCAAUUUAAAUAGUGACUGCCAGAUUUAUAAAGAUUAUCAAAAAGUGAAAAAUUAAAUCUGAAGAUACAACGUUUUUGAAGGACAGCAGCAUUAUGCAUUGUGUUGUUUACUGAAUUCUCUGCUGAAAUCUUAUAAUAGAGUGUUUGACAUAUUUGACCAAUCCAAUGCCUGUAGAGUUACGUUUUGAGAUCUUUAUAUCUCCUUUGAAUCUGAUUAUAUCUGAUUUUAUUCACAUGCUCUCAUACAGUAUAUCAGUUUCCCUCUGUUACAGAGUAAAUCCUCUCUUUAACCGACUCAUUAUUCCACACCAGUGAAAGCGUAAAGGAUCUGCAGUGAUAGUGAUGGAAUAGCUAUAAGCUCAGCUCAGCUGGUAGCGUCUGCGGCUGCGUUGGUCGGCGUCGUGCAUGCAGUAAAUGCGAGGUGCAUGUGAUGAGGAGGGAUGUUUGGUCUUGCUCUCUGAAUGAUUUACAACGGGCGAAAUUGGCAUGGCUGAGUGCACUGCACAUAUACGCUUUUUAUGGACUGUAAUAUGCUUUUGUAAAACACUGAAUUAAUCCUGUUAUUGAAUAUAAAUCCAUGCAGUUGAGA